ACAUGUGACACUGGGUUACCUCCCCCUGGCUGCAAGAAGCCCUGCCAGGAAGGAUGGGUGUGCAAUGACGGCUUCCUACUCAGUGAACACAAGUAUGUACCUGUUGAGCAGUGUGGUUGCAUGCACAAAGGCAAAUAUUAUAGGAAGGGGCAGAGUUUUCUGUCAUCCGACUGUCAGCAAAAAUGCACCUGCAAUGGCAAGGUAAGCUUUAUAUACAGUAGCAAUUCACUUCUGACCAGGUUUUACUCUACCUGUUCUAAACAUAUCACUGUUACCUUAUAUGCAUUGUGAGACACACUCUUGUGGGCCAUAUGAGACGUGUGCCCUGAUCAAGAAUGUUCGAUCAUGUCAUCCAACGGGAAAUGGAACCUGCACAAUAGCAGGUGAUCCACAUUACACAACCUUUGACAACCAUACUAUGACUUCCAAGGCACCUGCACCUACACUGCAGCUGAAUCGUGUCAUCUGGAGGGUUCACGGCUCAGAGACUUCUCUGUGGUAGUGGAGAAUGAGAAGUGGACACAGACAGACCAGCCAAAUGUGUCUGUAGCCAAGCUUGUUGCUGUGGAGGUGUACGGCACAACCCUGGUCCUCCAAAUGAAUCAACUUAAAACGAUCAUAGUAAAUGGCACCUUGACAACCAUUCCUCUUAACCUCAAUGAGGGACAAGUGGAAGUCUUCCAAGAUGGCUUUAACUAUGCUAUCAUAAUUGACUUUGGCCUGAAGGUGACUUAUGAUAUGAUCUACAAAGUUACUGUCACUAUUCCUGGAAACUACAAGGGCAAAACUUGUGGCCUGUGUGGCAAUUUUAAAGACACUGAGAUAGAUGAGUUUGAGCUACCUGAUGGAAAUAUUACCAAGGACAUCCAGACUCUUGGAGCAGCCUGGAAAAUGGCCGUGCCGGGGGGUGGUCUGUGAAGACGGCUGCAGUGGCGACCAGUGCCCCAAAUGUAACAGCACACUAAAGAAAAUCUUUGAGGAAGAUUGUAGGAGUCUCACAAAUUCUACUGGUACCUUUGCUGCCUGCCACAACCAACUAAAUCCUGAGUCUUACUACAGAGAUUGUGUCUAUGAUGUCUGCAUGUCUCAGGGAAAACGUAACAUACUCUGCAACAGCAUCUCAGCGUACUUGACUGACUGUCAGACCACCAGAGUAAAGAUCGACAACUGGAGGACGCCUGAUUUCUGCCCUAUUAAGUGUUCUGAAAACAGUCACUACGAGAUCUGCUCUGAAACCUGUCGCUCUCCGUGUCCUGGUCUCACCGACACCAUCAGCUGCCCCACCACGUGUGCUGAGGGCUGCGCCUGUAAUGAAGGCUACUACUUCAAUGGGACUGGCUGUGUUGCCCUGGAGGAUUGUGGUUGAUGCUACAAUGGU